AUGAACGCGUGGGACAGUCCAUUGGGUGACGCAGAUGUUGCUGAAGUUCCUGGAAUCGGACCCACAUAUGCAACAGCGCUCAGAGCGAGAGGAUUUGAUAAGGUAUGGGCACCUCUGUUAGUACACUAUCAAAAUUGUGUAUCAAGAUGACU